AUGUCGAACAUUGAAGAUGACGACGAGUUCCUAUAUGGAUCUGAAAGUCCUAAGCCAAAACGUCAGAAGACCACAACUCAAGAUGCCAGCGAGGAUGCCAGUAUAAGCGAAGCUUUAGGAUUAGAUUCGACAGCGACAUCGGGAGAUGCUACUAAAGCUCCUCCAGCAACCAAUGAAGUAGCUGCUACAGAUGAAGGCGACGAGGAAGAAGAAGAGGAUGACGAGGAAGAGGAUGACGAUUCAGAUAUUGAAUUUGUAAUCGACACCAAACCAGGUCAGAAGGCAGAGGCUCCAUCACGGCAAGUGCCAUAUUCCACGGGAAAAGCCACAGCAGCAAACGAUACAGCAAAAGAAGCCGCGACAACAGGCGGCAAAGAAAUUCAGAGAGCAGAGAAACCACCAGGUAUAGAUAUCAAUGCGGUGGCUGAACACAAUGGCAAACCAUUAACGGAGGUUGUAAUCGAAGAUUUAGAAGACAAACCAUGGCGAAGGCCAGGUUCAGAUAUUACCGAUUAUUUCAACUACGGGUUCGACGAGUUUACAUGGACGGCAUACUGUUCGAAACAAGAUACUCUGCGAGCAAACUAUACACCACAAAAGGUGAUGGCCAUGAUGGGCAUGCCAGUAUUCCCACCAGAGAUGAUGACUUUCAACCAAGGAUUCCCCGGCAUGCCAGGCAUGGGAGCUGGAGGAUUCCCGCCACCACCUGCCGGAUUCAUGGGCAUGAAUAAUGACGACAAUGGAGCUUAUGGUGGUAGCAAUAUCGUCGCAGGAAAUAAUAACGGCAAUAAUAGCGGUCAUGGCGGCCACGGUAGCGGAGGCUCAGGUCCAGGCUACCGUCGAAAAUAA